CAAAAAAACUCAUCAGUCUCCAGAACCUUUAUAAACUCGAUGCCCCUAAUUUUUCCAUUUACUUUUCAAAGAGCGACGUUGGCAGUCACUGAGGCUUACAGAACCGAGAUAAAGUCAGUGAAAAAUCAAGCCACUGCAAUAUGGCCGUCAAAUUUGUUGCAGUUUUGGUGGUAUUUUUCGUUACGGUUUCACUGGCAUUGGAUCCGAUUGAGUUUGAAGACAAGAGCAGGCCCGGGGGUAAGUAUUUUUGUAGUCGAUUGCUCAACUUCUUACGACGAUGGAUGCAUCUUAUGGCGACGCCAAAGGAGUUGGACGAGAUUGGUUCACCAGCAAACGUAUCGACUGCUGGGAACGCUGAUAAUAACAUGGUGUCGGACUCAUUAUUAAAAAACAAUAAAAAAGUGUCACCAAAAUCGAUCUUCAAUUUUUGGAGGAAGCUGACGGCUAGAAAAAAAAUACGUAGAGGUGAUGUUGGUAGAGAAAAGGAAGUCACAGCUAUUGACGUCAAAAAAGAUGAACUUAUUAAGGAACUCAUUGACGAGGUUGCUCACCAACGUCAACUCAUCAAUAAUUUAACCGCGGCAAAGCAGAAACUGGACAAAAUCAUGGAGAAUUUCAACAUUCAAAAUCAUCGCCAACUCCAACUCUGUGAUAACGUCAGAGAAUCCAAUGAACGAAUGAAUCGAAGUUUAACUGAGUGCAUUCAUAAAAUUACCAACCAGAGUAAGAGGAUCGACGAGCUCACCGCAGAGAGGAGCAAUCUCGAUGGUACCUUAAAUAAGCUUAGAAUCAAAUAUGUUCAUGAUAUUGGAAAACUAAAUGAAACGAUUGGAGAAGUAAACAGAAAUCUUACUGAGUGCAUUGGGAAAAGUACCUCCCGGUAUGAAUCAAUUGAUAAGCUCGCCGCCGAGAAAAGUAACCUGGAUGACACCUUAAAUUGCUCUACAAUUAUAUACGUCAAUGACAGUGAACAGCUCAGCAAAACAAUUGAUAAUAUCAAUGGGAAUCUUACUGAGUGCAUUGAAAGAACUACUUUCCAAAGUGAAUUGAUUGACAAGCUUGCCAUCGAGAAAAGUAACCUUGACAAUCUUCGAAUAACAUGCCUUAAUGACAUUGUACAGCUGAACAAAACGAUUGACAAAGUCAAAGGGAAUCUCACUGAAUGUAUUGAUACAACCACCUCCCAGCGUAAAUCAAUUGGUGAGCUCAUAAACGAAAAAAAUAUUCUGAACGAUUCUCUUGAUGACCUUGAAAUAACAUGCCUUAAUGAUAUUGAACAGCUGAACAAAAUAAUUGACAAAGUCAAUGGGAGUCUAACUGAGCGCAUUGAUACAACCACCUCCCAGAGUAAAUCAAUCGAUAAGCUCACAAACGAGAAAAGUAAACUCAACAAUUCUUUCCAUGAUCUUCAAACGACCUACCUUAAAGACAUUGUACAGCUAAAAAAAACGAUUGACAAAGUCAAUGGGAGUCUCACCGAGUGCAUUGAUACAACCACCUCCCAGCGUAAAUCAAUUGACGAGCUCAUAAACGAAAAGAAUAUUCUGAACGAUUCUCUUGAUGAUCUUGAAAUAACAUGUCUUAAUGAUAUUGAACAGCUGAACAAAAUAAUUGACAAAGUCAAUGGGAGUCUCACCGAGUGCAUUGAUACAACCACCUCCCAGAGUGAAUUAGUUGACAAGCUCACCAACGAGAAGAGUAACCGUAAUGAUACCUUGAACGACCUAAGAAUCAAAUACGUUCAUGACAUUAAACAGGCCAACCUAUCAAAUGACGAAAUCAAUACGAACCUAACUCGGUGCAAGAUCGAAAAAAAUACCUGUUAUGAGAGAAAUCUCAAUCUGACUGUAUUCCGACAGCGUUCUAUCACUAAACAAGCCAAGCUUCGCAGUCACAUUCGGGACCUCACCAAAAACCAUAAUGCCUUAACUAAAGCAUUCAAUGAAUUGAAAGAAAAUCUGACAGUUCUGACGUUUUAUAAAUCAGCAUAUGAAAAUUGCGCCUUACAUAAGCAAGAAAAGUUUACCAAUCUCAAACACGGCGAAUCAGACGAAACAAAGUUAUCAGAAUGUAUUUCUGCCCGCCGCAAAUUCGAGCCAACUUGCGUCGACAUUGGUAAUGGCAAAGCAUCUGUCGGCGAUAUAGCACACAGACUUGAAGCUUGCCUUCACGCCCGGAAUACGUACGUCACGGGAAUAAUAGCCAAAUGCGAACAGGACAUAAAAAAUUAUACCGAAACUGUAAAAACCGCCGAGAAAAAAUAGAAUGGUUUGAACGCCACUCGAAUAUCUCACGUUGACACUCAUGCAUAGUUGCAGAUGUUACGGGUGAUCGAAUAAAAACCGCUCGACUCGAACCCCGGCGUAUCUGCACCACAAAUAAUAUCACACGAGUUCUGCACUACGGAGCCUUUGUUAGUAAAAGCGGCGCUGAAUAAACGUCGAGGGGAAAAAGGAACAA